UUAGCCAUUUUCUAACACAAAUAUCAUAAUCAACCCUUUGAAAAUGCUCUCAUAUGUGACAUGAUAAUGGAUCAUACAAAAAAAAGACUAUAGUAGUAUUAGUAUAUGUAAGUGACAAAAUAACCAUAACAAAGGCACACACAAAAAAAUCAAAAACAAAAUGGCUCAUACACAUAGAGAACAAUUCAAACCCUUAGCACCAAAUUUCAUUUCAUUAACAACUCAUUAUAGAAGCCCUAGUGCAGAAAACCAACACCAACAUUUAUCAGAACACAAAACAAAGCGCAUGAAAACAUGCAUCAAAUGGUGUGGAUGCGUCACAGCAAUUCUCUUGUUACUCUUUGUAAUACUCAUAGUUCUAGCUUUUACAGUUUACAACGUAAAAGAUCCUGAAGUGAGGAUGAACGGUGUUACAUUAAUCGGUGGAAACUUCACCGUUUCGAAUACCGUUACAAUUCUCGCUGAUAUGUCUGUGAAGAAUACAAACUCAUUCACUUUCAGGUAUGGAGAAGUUAACACCACUGUUUAUUACGGUGGAACUGAGAUCGGAGGAGGAGUAUCGCCUCCCGGGAAAGCGAAAGCGCAAAGAACGGGGAGGCUCAACGUGACGUUGGAGAUUAUGGCGAAGAAGCUUGUGGAUAAACCGGAAUGGGUUGUAGAUAUUAGAGAUCAAGGUUUGAAUUUUAGCACUUAUACAAAGAUGAGGGGGAAGGUGAAAAUAUUGAAUCUGUUGAAGAGGAAUGUUGGGGUUGAGUUGAAUUGUACUAGUCAAUAUAAUAUCACCACCGGUUUGAUUACACAUGGUGAUAAUUGUGUUGGGUUUGUUAGUAUUUAGAUUUUAGUUACUUAAAGAUAUAGAUAUAUUAUACUUUAAUCAAAAAAAAAUUACAUACUAUUUAUAUGAAUUCACCUCGAGUUUGACCGGGGAAAUCAAUUUUAAAUGGAUUCGAAUUUGAGUUUGUAUUUUCCGUAAUUUUAAAAGAUGAGUAUGAGACGCAUAAUAGAGA